AUGGCGGCUGAAGCAUAUCACAGCAUCUCGCAGCCUUUCUCAGCAUCUCACAGCAUCUCACAGUAUCUCGCAACAUUUCUCAGCAUCUCACAGCAUCUCGCAGCAUUUCUCAGCAUCUCACAGCAUCUCACAGCAUCUCGCAGCCUUUCUCAGCAUCUCACAGCAUCUCACAGCAUCUCGCAGCAUUUCUCAGCAUCUCACAGCUUCUCGCAGCAUUUCUCAGCAUCUCAAAGCAUCUUACAGCAUUUCUCAGCAUAUCGCAGCCUUUCUCAGCAUCUCACAGCAUCUUACAGCAUCUCGCAGCAUUUCUCAGCAUCUCACAUAAUUUCUCAGCAUAUCACAGCAUCUCGCAGCCUUUCUCAGCAUCUCACAGUAUCUCGCAACAUUUCUCAGCAUCUCACAGCAUCUCGCAGCAUUUCUCAGCAUCUCACAGCAUCUCGCAGCAUUUCUCAGCAUCUCAAAGCAUCUUACAGCAUUUCUCAGCAUCUUACAGCAUUUCUCAGCGUCUCACAAUAUUUCACAGCAUCUCACAGCAUUUCUCAGUAUCUCACAGCAUUUCUCAGCAUUUCACAGCAUCUCGCAGCAUUUCUCAGCAUCUCACAGUAUCUCGCAGGAUCCCUGAGUGACAUCGAGCCAACACAGACUUAUAACAACAUAUCGAAAUGCAUAUCAGAACCUUGCAACAUUGUUAAGUGA